AUGCUUGCAGUGGUGGUGUUUUAUGCUGGAAAAGACCGGUACCGGCGCGUGCCGCCUAAAGGUAGUGCCCUGGCCAAGUUUUUCAACAUUUUGAUCCAGGCUGGAGCCCGUUCAAAGCAGGGCAAACUCGUGCUAAGUGGCGGAUUUGCGUUCAUCCCAGGCAUUGUGCUGACGACUGUGUCGUAUUUUAUUCAAAGUGACGCGGGACACCUUGCUAUGGCACUUGCAGGUGCAGGAGCUGUUGCCUAUGGGACGUUUGUCCUCAUUUUCUCCGGAGCGGCUACCAAGUGGCUAGAGCUAGCGAUGCGCACAAAAGGAGGGUCGUUCACAACUCAAGAAGUGCAGGAUGCAGCUCAAGUGAUGCGCUUAGCACCGUACCUUGGGAUUAUCAUUAUUUUCUGGGCGGUCUACGGUCAAAUGAACUCGAACUUUGUUGUCCAGGGCUGUCAAAUGGACCUGCGUGUCAAGGGUCAAGACGACGUACUCAUUUCCUCCGCCAUGCUCAACAUUGUCGAUUCCGGCGUCAUUCUCGUCUUCAUCCCCGUCUUUGAUCGGCUGCUCUAUCCGCUGCUGACGAGAAUGGGCAUUUACCCGUCACUUCUGCGCAAGAUCGGAGCUGGUCUUGUCUUCGCUCUAUUGGCGAUGCUGACAGCAGGCUGGAUGGAGCGUGUUCGCAAGGUCAGUCCCAUGGUUGAAGGCGUUUACUCCAACUGCAGCGCAGCGGGUGAAGCUCUCCCCAUGUCAACAAUUAGUGUGUGGUGGCAGACCCCGCAGUAUGUGCUAGUAGGCGUGGCCGAGAUCCUCACGAGUAUAUCAUCGUACGAUCUCUUUUAUUCGGAAGUCCCUGAGUCCAUGCGGAGCGUGUGUCAAGCGCUCAAUCUAUUGACGACGACGCUGGGCUUCAUUGUGGCGGGUGCACUCAACAGCAUCUUCUCCUUCUGGAUCACAAGCGACCUCAACGACGGCCAUCUCGAGUAUAUUUACUACUUGAUGGCACUCCUUGUGCUCGUGAUGCUGGUGGCUUUCAUGUUCGUGUCGCAGUCUUUUGAGUAUCACGUGCCUCCGCCCGGCCUCGACACCGUAUCUGGUUUCUCUCCUGCGCUCUCACGCGCUGCCCGAGACCUGCGAAAGAAGCUGCAGUUCCAACGCAAUGGCAGAAAGUAA